CCGCCCGCCCUCCGCCCGCCGCGGCCCCGCGGCGCGGGCCCGCCGCAGCGCAGCCGCUCUGAGUGACUCUUGAUGGAAGAGCACGGGGUGAGCCAGGCAGAGCACAUGGCUACCAUCGAGGCGCACGCCGUGGCCCAGCAGGUGCAGCAGGUGCACGUGGCCACCUACACGGAGCACAGCAUGCUGAGCGCCGACGAGGACUCGCCCUCCUCGCCCGAGGACACCUCCUACGACGACUCCGACAUCCUCAACUCCACGGCGGCCGACGAGGUCACCGCGCACCUGGCGGCCGCAGGCCCUGUGGGGAUGGCAGCAGCCGCUGCUGUGGCAACGGGCAAGAAGCGGAAGCGGCCGCACGUGUUCGAGUCCAACCCCUCCAUCCGCAAGAGGCAGCAGACACGAUUGCUCAGGAAGCUGCGGGCCACGCUGGAUGAGUACACCACCAGAGUGGGGCAGCAGGCCAUCGUGCUGUGCAUCUCACCCUCCAAACCCAACCCUGUCUUCAAAGUGUUCGGUGCUGCACCCCUGGAGAACGUGGUCCGCAAGUACAAGAGCACCAUCCUGGAGGACCUGGAGUCGGCGCUGGCCGAGCACGCCCCGGCCCCCCAGGAGGUCAACUCGGAGCUGCCACCCCUCACCAUCGACGGCAUCCCCGUCUCCGUGGACAAAAUGACCCAGGCACAGCUGAGAGCCUUCAUCCCCGAGAUGCUGAAGUAUUCCACGGGUCGUGGGAAGCCAGGCUGGGGCAAGGAGAGCUGCAAGCCCAUCUGGUGGCCCGAGGACAUCCCGUGGGCCAACGUCCGCAGCGACGUCCGCACGGAGGAGCAGAAGCAGCGGGUGUCCUGGACCCAGGCCCUGCGCACCAUCGUCAAGAACUGCUACAAGCAGCACGGGCGCGAGGACCUGCUCUACGCCUUCGAGGACCAGCAGACGCCGCAGACCACGACCACGCACAGCAUCGCCCACCUGGUGCCCUCCCAGACCGUGGUGCAAACCUUCAGCAACCCCGACGGCACCGUGUCCCUCAUCCAGGUUGGCACAGGGGCCACGGUGGCCACGCUGGCCGAUGCCUCCGAGCUGCCCACCACGGUCACCGUGGCACAGGUGAACUAUUCUGCGGUGGCUGACGGAGAGGUGGAGCAGAACUGGGCCACGCUGCAGGGAGGGGAGAUGACCAUCCAGACGACGCAGGCCUCGGAGGCCACGCAGGCGGUGGCAUCGUUAGCCGAGGCGGCGGUGGCGGCGUCGCAGGAGAUGCAGCAGGGAGCCACUGUCACCAUGGCACUCAACAGUGAAGCCGCUGCCCACGCCGUAGCCACGCUGGCCGAGGCCACCCUUCAGGGAGGGGGACAGAUUGUCCUGUCUGGGGAAACUGCAGCAGCAGUGGGAGCGCUCACAGGAGUCCAGGAUGCCAAUGGGCUGGUGCAGAUCCCGGUGAGCAUGUACCAGACGGUGGUGACCAGCCUGGCGCAGGGGAACGGCCCGGUGCAGGUGGCGAUGGCGCCGGUGACCACGCGGAUCGCGGACACGGCCGUCACCAUGGACGGGCAGGCGGUGGAGGUGGUGACCCUGGACCAGUGACCCCGGAGCAGCCCCACCCUGCCCAGCCUCCUCCUCCACUGCAGAUUUUUUACGCCUCUCCAGAGAUGCAAUCAGGUGGCAUUUGAAUCUCU